UGUGCUCAAGGCAAAAGGCUUCAGCACAUGGAGUGCUUUUCCUUUCCAAAAAUGCCUGCAAGUUUAAUUAAACUUCUAAUAUAAACUAGUUGGCACUUGGCAGGAGAGAACACCUUAUCAGCUUGCUGAUUGCUUGCAAUUCUAAGUCAAGAUGGGUGCCCUAGCUGUGCUUAUUCUCCCAUUACUUGUAGUUGGAGUCAGUGGGAUAGUGUAUAUAUAUCGGUCAGUUAUUCAGCUGAUGUCAAAAUCUGCUGUGCGGAGUAAAGUUGUCGUGAUCACGGAUGCUCUUUCCGGUGUGGGCAAGGAAUGCUCACGAGUAUUUCACUCAGGUGGAGCUAGGCUAGUUCUGUGUGGUAAAGACUUGGACAAGUUAGAAGCUCUCUAUGAUACUUUAAACACCACGGCUGAUCCUCGUGCUACAUUUACACCAAAGCUUGUGCUUCUAGAUCUCUCUGAUGUAAACUGUGUCCAAGAUGUAGCAAAAGAAAUCCUUGACUGCUAUGGAUGUAUCGAUAUACUCAUUAACAAUGCUAGUGCAAAAGUGAAGGGAACAGCACAGAAUAUCUCCCUGGAAGUUGACCAAAAGAUUAUGGAUGCCAACUAUUUUGGGCCUAUAACGCUCACCAAAGCUCUUCUUCCCAACAUGAUCUCCAGGAGAACUGGUCAAAUUGUGUUAGUCAAUAAUAUCCAAGGGAAAUUAGGAGUCCCUUUUCGUGCUGCCUAUGCUGCUUCAAAGCAUGCUGCACUGGGAUUCUUCGACUGCUUGAGAGCAGAACUGCAAGAAUUUGGUGUGUGUGUCAGUACCGUGACUCCAAGUUUCAUACGCUCAGAUCACAUUCAACCACAGCCUAGCAACUCGGACUCUUCUAUAUGGAAAUUCUUUUCCAGAAAAUUGGCAUAUGGGGUUCACCCGGAGGAGAUAGCAGAGGAAAUUCUGCGAACAGUAAGCAGGAAGAAACAGGAAGUGUUCAUGGCAAAUCCCAUUGCAAAGUCUGCGGUUUACAUUCGCACGUUCUUUCCGGAUUUAUUUUUUGCUGUUGUUGCUGCUGGAGUUAAAGAAAAGCAGAAAACAGAAGACGAAAAAUGAUUGUUCCUGAGUCUCCUUCUUUGGCAAUAGGGUUGCCAUAUUUUAUGGGCUGACUAUUUCAAAGCUAGAGGUAGGGGAUUUAGAAGACCAUACAACUUUGGAUGAAUUGAUAAAACGUUCUGUGUUUCAACACUUGGAGGCCCUUGGAGGCAGCGGAGUUGGGAAUAGUAGUCUUUUCAACUACCAUUAAAAGUGCACUCCAGAACUCUGGAAGAAUGGCUCCCUUGAGUGCCUUGUGAUCCGUCUGAUAGGUCUGCAAGAACUCUUGGGAAUUGCGGUUACAGGGGAGGUAAUAGAAGGCAUAAACUUCUCACCUGAAGAGGCUGUGCCCAGCAUGUUGUGCUCUGGGCUCUUGUGGAAAUAGAGAGGCAUAAAACAAUUUCAGACAGAGAAGAUGGGAGGUUCCAACACCAGAAGAAAUUCCAAACUAAAGAAAUGGUCAGAGAUAGAAGUUGGAGAGUUGUACUGGUGAGGGUGAGUGUAUGGUAUUAGUUUGAUUAUAGAGUGCAGGAUAACUUUUUAGAAAAGAUUUGUUUUAUUAGAGAAGGAAAGCUUAAGCAUAAGAAAGUUGGUUUGGAUGAAAUUGCAAUUCCGUGGGUUAGAGCAAGUAUUAUUUUCCACAGGUUCCAAAUUCUAGUGAGAAUCUCUAACUGGGAAUGUUUUUUUUUAGUUUUUGUAUUUAAGGAGUUGCCAGUGCCCAGGGAAAUAACACAUUAUGUCUUUCAAAACCAAGUGAUAUCUGUGUACCACAUAUCUUCAGUUUUUCAGCUAAUGCUCAAAGAACAAUAGUAUUUGAUUAUAUAAUUUUGCACCAGUUGAUAUUUCCAUUGGUUGAUAUUUCCAGUUGAUAUUUCCAUAGUAUGAAGGAGUACAGAGAUCAGAGGUGCAAAAGUAGCUGAAGAACACUACAGUCUGGGUUGGUGGUGGAAAAUGCCAUCAAGUCAUUGUUGACUUAUGGUAUCCUAUGAUGGGGUCUUCAAGGCAAGAGAGUAACAGAGGUGGUUUGCUAUUGCUUGCCUCUGCAUAUCAACCUUGGUGUUCUUUGGAGGUCUCCCAUCCAAUAUACUAGCCAAGGCUGAUCUUGCUUAGCUUCCAAAAUCUGAUAUGAUCAGGCCUGCCUGGGCUAUCCAGGUCAAGGUAUAGUCUCUGUUGCCUGAUCAAAAUGUCUAGUUUAAAAAACAGUGGCCUCGUUUCAAAGAGGUAUAAUGCAUUUUAAAAUAUAUGCCCUCUGUUGAUUCAUUUCACCACCACAUGAGAAGUCAUUGAGGAGGAGAAACAUGAUGCUGUGAUUGUACUGGUGCUAAUUCUGAGCUCAGUAGUACAAUUUUUGUGUCACUUUCAGUAGAUACUCUAUUCUAUCCUGGCCUAGGUCGUGCUUGUAUGGCUUGUGCGGCAAAUAGAAGUAAUUGCUGUACAAGUAUGGCAAAUACAAUCUAUGUAGGCUGCAAACACAAUAAGAUUUUUAAUACUCUAAUAGAGUGUGAUUGCUUAUCGCAGGAAGGACAGACUUCAUAUUUGCAGGAUCUACUCAAUUUUUUCCAAGAUCUAAGUUGCCACUGGACUCAAAUCCUGCUCUUGGUAGCUACUUAUCACAAAAUGGUGGACUGGUGGUAGUAGCAGCCAGCCAUGGCCUGGCUACCCUGGGAAUUUUUGACGGCAUGGCCAGGCAUCAUGCAAUGCCACAAUGUCACCUGCUCCCUCUAGAGUGGGGGGGGGCAAUUCCCGCUCUCCGUGAUGAGUACAGACAGUCACAAAAUGGCAGCUUGCACAUACAUUAACUAUAUUUCAGAGCAGUGUUCAGGUGUGAAAACAUUUCCUCUGCUAUUUUCCUAAGCAAACCACCAUAUCAAACUGUAACUUGCCCUGAGGGGGUGGGGGUGGGUGGGAAUAUACAGUUUCUUUGUGUCUUCCCUGGAAGAGGCAAAUAGCAGCUUUGAUGCAUGAGGGGGGUGGGGAGAGUCAAUCUAAGCAGAGGUGUAUGUGAGAGGGAGGAGAGGCAGAUAAGGAAAGUAUUGGUGAGACUUGAGGAGGAGAUAUGAAAGUAUUGGUGCUGUUAUUUUCCCUUAGAGGAAAGGUAAGAGUGUGCAGCUCUUCCUCCUUUACAUGAAAGAAAAAGAGGAGAGAAGCCACUGUGGCAGCUUCAAAGGAGAAAACAAGAAAGUGAUUAUAGCCACACUAGAGAAAGGGGCAAGAGUUACUUUUAAUUACUCGGUGAGUUACUGGUCACUCCUGAGUGAUCUUCUGCCCACAUCUGGCUUAUAGCAAGUCCAUGAAGAAUCUCAUUGUUAUUGAGACAGAAAAUCUUUUAUUCAACAGGAAGGAAACUGGGAUAAAAGCAACCUGUAUGAAAGCGUUACACAUGUAUGCAUAUGAGAAGAGGGGGUUUGGACUGAGAGAUGUUCCUAUUUGCUGCAGGGCUUUCAGAGGUCUGUGCCAAGUAGCGCAUGUUAGAGGUGGGCAUGUUCUCCCUCCCUAUUCCAGUGAAAGGGAAGGAGGGGGAAAACAAGCCCUCAUAGUCUCCCCUGACUCCACUGCCUCCAUUUCCUCCUUGGCCCACCAGCUUACAUUCGUGGUAUGCUACCUUCAAAAAUGAACACUUUCCCUCCAAGAAUGUAUCCACAGUUUUACGCAAAACUAUGAAGAAGAAAAAGUCAUGCACAUACUAAAUAUUUAAAAAAUGUAGAUUGUGAUUCCAGUACUUUUUUAUUUCAGCUAUAACAGCUGUACCAGGAAGUAUCAUAAAUAAAAUCCUUGUUUCAACUAUA